AUGUGGAGCCGGGAAGUGGGGCUCAAACAAGUCGAACAAGGUAGCAGGCAUCCUGUUGAGAACAAUUCAAGUAUCAGUACUGGCGAAGGGCCACUCAGGUUAGACCUCAAGCGGCCCUCCUUCAAGCAUGGGCUGUUUCGUGAGCAGUCCGGCAAAUCCCCUGGAACGGAGCGAGCCAUCAUUGUGCGAUCAGAAGUCAGUCAACCCACUCCCACCAACUCUCGCAAGAGCGCGGGAAUGGGUACCCUUCCGGCUACUCCAGGGAAGAGGGAAGACGGCUCGCCGACGCAAGCUUUGGGACAGGAAAACGGAACCACGACGUGGCAGGACAAGUUGCCUGCCUCUGAGAGGGAAGCGCUAGAGUUAGAGGGAUGGGGUCGCCUUUCGGAGACUCAGGUGAACGUUAUGCGCGACUCGAAACGGCGCGCGAAGGAAGCGUCUGAUGCCGCCUUGCCGCGUCUCAGAAAGAGGUUUGCAAAACUGGGUUUCGAUGAAGACCAGCUAAACGUCCUGCGUCACAUAGCGGAGAAGGCGCCGAUCGUGAUCCACUUCAACCCCGACCGUCGGAUGGGCUGGUUCACCAAUCGGACGGUCCUGAAGGCUUUCCUGUCCGACACGCACUACCGCAACAAGUACGAGACUGGCGUCUCGGGAGCGUGGAACCGUGGCCGGGACCAGAAAGAGAGGAAACUGUUCGGGGGUCUGUAUCACCAGUCCUGGGGACCCCCUGGUUGGGAACGGCCAAAAUACGGGGCCCUCAAGGGCCUUCCCGUGGGGAACACAUUCUUCAGCAUUUUCGGGUCUUGCCACUUCGAGCUCCAGAAUGACGUCCGCAAGCGCUGUACGUUCGGUUACGGGGUGACGUCAGAUGAUCUGAAGCAGACGCCCGGCACGUGCGAGCACUUCGCGCACGUUCUGGCGAGGUGCGGAAAGGACCAAAUCCGAUGGCUCGUGGCGGUCUCGGAGAAGCGCUCGUUUGCUCACUGGUCUGAGCCUCACCUUGCAAUAGAAGCUCAAAUUCAUGGGCCGAUACAGUUGAAGAAGGACAUUAGAGAGGUCCGGUUCCGCGCUUUCAAGCCGCGGAAAACGCAGAAGCGUCUCCAGCAACUAGCGGAAGCGAACGGUUUCGCAAUCAGUAGCUGCUAG